UUGUUUAUGUGAAUACAUUUUUUGUUUUUGAAUUUGUUGUGAGUUGUUGCCGUGAAUAUAAUUUAUUAUCUAUAUUUUCUUGUAGAUAAUCAAUUCUAUUUUACAAGACAAAGGAAACAAAAAAUGAGUGAUAAUCAUAUUGUGCUUGCGGAAUCAUUUGAAGAUAAUGAGGAAACUAUCGUUGCUAAUGAGGAUAUUAUCGAAAAUAAUGAGUGUCCUAGGUUAAACGACGAAUUACCAAGAGAAGAUAAUGACCUUGUCCCUAAAGUUGGAAUAAAGUUCAAAAAUGAGAAUGAAGUUUUUGAAUUUUAUAAAAGGUAUGCUUACCAUGUUGGUUUUCCUGUUAAAAGAAGGAAUUCGAAGAAGGGUGAUGAUGGGGUGGUACAAUAUGUUGGAUAUGCUUGUAGUCGAGAAGGUAAAAGAAAUAUUAAACCUAACACCUCUUUGAACCCUCAACUAACUAUUCAGUUAGGGUGUAAAGCUAGACUGACAGCAUGUUCAGAUGUUUUAGGAAUAUGGAGAAUAAGCACAGUCCAUCUUGAGCAUAACCAUAAAACAAGUCCAACCAAAUCUAGGUUAUAUCGAUGCAAUAGGCAAUUAAGUGAACAUGUGAAGCGGCAGCUUGAAAUGAAUGAUAUAGCUGGAAUUCCAUUACACAAAAGUUAUAACUCAGUUGUUGUUGAAGUGGUGGAUAUGAGAAUCUCACGUUUGUGGAAAAGGAUUGUAGGAAUUACAUUGACCAAGUGAGGAGGUUAAGACUUGGGGAAGGAGAUGCUGCUGCUAUUCAAGCUUACUUUUCAAAAAUGCAAGCCUUUUGUCCGGAUUUUUACUUUAGUUUGGAUUUGGAUGAAGAGUACUGAUUAAAGAACGUCUUCUGGGCUGAUAAUAGGUGUCGACAAGCAUACAAGGAAUUUGGCGAUGUUGUCACAUUUGAUACCACAUACCUAACCAAUAGAUACGAAAUGUCGUUUGCUCCAUUUGUUGGUGUAAAUCACCAUGGGCAGUCAACAUUACUUGGUUGUGGUAUAAUUUCCAAUGAGGACACCCGGACUUUCGUGUGGUUGUUUAGGAGAUGGCUUGAGUGCAUGGAGGGUCAGGCCCCCGUAGGAAUAAUCACAGAUCAAGAUAGGGCCAUGCAAAAUGCUAUUGAGAUAGUCUUCCCUCACACGAAGCAUAGAUGGUGUUUAUGGCAUAUAUUAAAGAAGUUGCCUGAAAAAUUUGGUAACUAUAGCGAUCAGGCUUAUAUUUUUUCAUCCAUACAUGACGCGGUGUAUGAAUCACAAAGUCCAAAAGAUUUUGAGCAAGCCUGGAAUUAAUGAUUGACAAAUAUGAAUUGCAUGACAACGAUUAGUUGUCUGGACUUUAUAGAGAAAGAGGUCGUUGGGUCCCAUGUUUCUUAAAAACUAGUUUUUGGGCAGGUAUGUCAACAACGCAACAGAGUGAGGGUAUAAACGCAUUUUUUGAUGGAUAUGUACACUCGAAAACCUCAUUGAAGCAAUUUGUUGAACAAUAUGAGCGGGCAAUGAGGUGUAAAGUUGAGAAGGAGUUUCAGGCUGACGUGAAAUCAUUUUCUCAGAUGGUCCCAUGUGCAACGAAGUAUGCCAUGGAGAAACAAUUUCAGGAAGUCUAUACAAUCUCAAAAUUCAAGGAGUUUCAAGAAGAGUUCACUGGGAUAAUGUAUUGCACGAUUGUGUCUUCCGAAGAGGGACUACUAGGUACGAGGUACAUGGUACGAGAAGAGAUUAUAUUUGAGGAAAGAGUGAGGCAAAAAAAAUAUGUUGUUGUUUUUAAUGAAGUGAAAUGUGAUAUUGUUUGCAGUUGUCACAUGUUUGAGUUUAAGGGAAUAAUUUGCAAACAUGUUGUCACAGUUUUGAUCCAAAAAGGUGUCAGAUCAAUACCUGAGAGGUAUAUCAUACGACGAUGGAGGAGAGAUGUUAGUAGAUCCUAUAUGAGGGUCAAGAUUAAUUACAACGGUUGGAUUAGUAUGCCUAGCCAAUUGAGGUACGAUGAACUGUGUAGUGAGUUUGCCAAGGUAGCAGACUUGGUAGCAAACGACGAAGAACAAACCCGGGCAACUAUGGAGUGGAUCCAAUCUCGAUUGAAUGCAUUGAGCAUAUCCAAAGUGAAGUUGAGAUGCGGUAGUCAUAUGUAUUCUCAACACAAUGUGGAAGAACAAGGCCCUGAUUGUGGAGAGGCAGCAACAGAUACAAGUGGCCAAAUAUUUGAUCCAAGAUGCUCGCAGACAAAGGGAGCCCCUAGGAAGCUUCGCAAGAAGGGCCCAUUGGAAACAAAUACUAAGAAAACGAAGGUCGGAUCCUCGAAAGCAAACAAAGGCAAGGCCCCACGGCAAAACAUUGUUCAAGAUGUUCAAGUAGUCAAUGAAGGUUUUUCACAACAUGCACAGUAUCACGCGCUUACACCAUUGACCUACUCACAACAUUUGAUGAAUUUGUUUACUGAUGCAUAUUUGACCGUGCACGUUCGAAUGAUGUUGAACAAUAUAUUAAGUGAUUCUUUAUAUUCAGCUCAAUGA